AUGAGGAAAGGCACCAAACGUGCGGCCCGCGCGGAGGAGGAUGUCCCCACCACGCGAAGGCGGCUGCGCGACCGCGAUGAGGAAGAGACAGCGGCGGUGGCAGAGGAGGAAAAACGGAAGGAACAGCUUCAACAUAAGGCGGAUGCGCACCGCCGCGCUCCCGUCAACGAAGACGAGGAGUGGGAGGACGCGUCCGACGAUGAUGACGACGAUGAUGAUUACGGCAGCAUCAACGAGCCGCUGGACGAAGAUAUCGAAGAGGAGAUCAUUGACGACGGCGACGACGAGGACGAUGAGGACGAGGAUUACGCCGAGUUUCAGCGCGAGACAGACGCCGUGACGAAGGAACUGCGCCGCGUGACGUUUGACGAAAGUGCGUUGCAGCAGCAACAAGAGGACGGCGAGGACACGGCUCCAAUGGUGUGGCGCAGCGACCAAGCGGAGGCUGGCGAGCAGCAGCAGCAGCAGCAGCAACAGCAGCUGGUGUACUCCAACAAGGCGUAUGACUCCUUCUUCCAGCUGCGCACAGAGUACCCAUGCCUCUCCUUCGAUGUGUUGCGUGACAGAGAUGCGACAAACCACAACAAGUACCCACUCGCACUCACGCUGGUGUGCGGCUCGCAGGCGGACGAGCUAGCCAAGAACCAACUCUACGUGCUGCGCAUCACAAACAUAUGCCGGACGAAGCACGACGUGGAGAGUGACAGCGACAGCGACGACAGCUACAUCGGCGACGAGGGCGAGAGUGAGGAUGACGAGAAUCAGGACGGGGAGGAGGUCAACAACGGGGAGCCGAUUGUGCAUCACCGAACGAUUUCACACUAUGGCACUGCCAACCGUGUGCGGUGCGCCCACCACAACACGAACUUAGUCGCCGUGUGGUCCGACGCGGGCCACGUGCAGGUGUUCGAUCUCGAGAACGACGUGGAGAUAUUAUGCGACUACGCCAACUGGGCAAAGAGACACGGGCGUCCCUCCACACAGAAGAAGAAGCCAUCGGCUCUGGUCUUCUGCACACCAUCGGCGUCGCACAAGACUGAGGGCUACGGUCUCGACUGGAGCACUGUGACGCCUGGUGUCUUCGCCUCUGGCGAUUGCGGCGGCGAUCUCUUCGUGUGGAAGCCGUCCGACGACGGCCGCUGGAAGGCGGUUGCGAGCAGUACGUGCAGCAGCAGUGGCAUGCCGGGGGCAUCCGUGGAGGAGAUACAGUGGAGCCCCACACAGGCAGACGUCCUCAUCGCGACCCGCGUGGGCGGCGUUGUGGAGGUGUGGGACACGCGCGACAUGCGGCGCUGCAAAAUCAGCUGGCAGGCCGACCCCACCGACAUCAACGUCGCCGACUGGAACAGGGCGCGGCAGGCAUCGCACCUGCUCGUCACCGGCGCCGACAGUGGCGCGGUGGCGGUGUGGGACCUCCGCAAGGUCGCUGAGGCAACCCCGAUUCAGCAGCUGCCGUGGCACCGCGGCAGCAUCACGUCUGUCGAGUUCUCACUGCACAACGAGAGCGUCCUCGCCGUCACCGGCGAUGACGGCCAGUGCACGCUGUGGGACCUCAGCCUCGAGCGUGAUCCGAGUGAGGAGAAGGAGGUGAUUGGCGAGCUGUUCGGACGGCAGGACUUGACGGGCAUCCCCGACCAGCUGAUGUUCCAGCACCAGGGUCUUACGCACCCGAAGGAGGCGCACUGGCACGCGCAGAUACCGGGCAUGGUGCUGACCACGGACUACGCGGGGCUGCACCUCUUCCGGCCAAUGAACUGGCGUUCGCUCAUGAAGUAA